AUGAGUACAAGGCCAAACCAAAGAAGUAUCAAAUGGGUUGAGGGCCUCCGAGGCGUCACCUCCGUUCUCGUCAUCACCACUCACGUCUCCCGAGCGUUCGACUUCGCCCUCUUCUGGCCCGCCGACUCCGAGGAUGGGACGCCAAGACUGCUGCAGCUGCCGUACCUGCGGAUACCCUGGCAGGGGCGCAUCGGCGUGCCCAUCUUCGCCUUUCUGACGGGCUUCGUGUGCGCCUACAAGCCCCUGAAGCUCGCCUACCCACAAGGGAACACGGCCGCCGCGCUCAAGUCGAUCGCCCGCAGCGCCUUCCGCCGCCCACCACGGCUCGUCCUUCCGGCCUUGGUAGCCACCUUCAUCAGCUUCGCCGUGUCGUGCUUGGGCGCUUACAAGGCGGCCAACCGCUGCAAUAGCUUCUGGGUCCGCUUCGAUGCGCCGGAUCAUGUGUCGUUCAGGGAGAACGUCAGGCGGCUGUUUACAACGUCGCUGACGACGUGGACAAACACGGAGAAUAUCUUUGAUCGCCACCAGUGGGCUAUGAGGCCGCUGUUGAUCGGGGCGUUCCAGGUCUACAUCGUGCUGGCGGCCACCAUUGGGAUGCGGUUCCAGUAUCGGAUGCUCGUCCAUCUGCUCCUGAUCAUGUAUUGGCUGAUGAAUGUCAACGCCCUGACAGAAACCUUCGGCGCCAUGCUCGCCCUCGGCACCCUGCUCGCCGAGCUCUCCCAGCACCGACCCACCCAAAACUUCAUCUCCUCCCACCAGCGCCUGCUCACCUUCGUGGUCGCCCCCUUACUCCUCCUCAUCGGUGGCUUCAUCGGCUCCUACCCGAUGGAGCACGAGGACUGGUCCACCUGGUCUCGCUUCCUGCACAAAUACCUCGUCGACGGCGGCAGCAUCGUCGUGCCCAGGGACAGCGAACCCCACCGCCGGACGUCGGCCUUCUUCAUCAUGUGCGCGGCCGUGUCGCUGUUCCUGUCCCCUGCGCUGCAAAGCCUCCUCUCGCACCGUCUGCUCAUCUGGCUCGGCCAUCACUCUUUUGCAGUCUACCUCGUCCACGGGACCAUCCUGCGCACCGUCGCUAUUUGGAUUGUCUAUGGCAUUACAGGAGAGCCGUGGGAGCCCGCGGGGAAGAACGAGGACGGGACGGAUAGGGAGCCGGUGUGGAUCCUGCCGCGGGGCAGACCGUACAAGACGGUGGCUGUUUUGGUGUUUACCGUUCUGACGUACGUUUCGGCCUGGGCGUGGAUGAGGUGGGUGGAUAGCGCGUGCGCGAGGGUUACGCAGUGGUUGGAGAGUAAGGUGUUUGGGGACGAGGAGGGCGAGGCGAAUGGGAGCUUGGCGGAGAAGGGAUAUGCGCAUGUGAAUGGGAAUGGUGGGAUUUCAAGGCCGCAAAUCUAUCAGGACGGGGAUAGAAAGGUGCCGCCGCCAUGA